AUGGAUGAUUCUCAUUUGCUAUCGAGUGUUCUCUUUUGUUCGUUUUGCGUGGUCUCCGGUUCAGUGAUUCAAUGGGGAGUAUCCAAGCUGAAGCGGUGCAGGCCUCCAGUGUCCAUUUUGUGGUUUCUGUAUGGGUCAUUGAUAUGCUUGGUGGAUUUAUUGUUGGUGAAGAGUCAUCGCGAGGUCGGUAGCGACGGUUCAGUGUUGGAGGUAGUGGAAGGGUCUAACCUGUUUCAGUUGGGUGUGGCAGAAGGUUCGCGGUUGCCACACAACGCGAUUUACUUUGUUGUGUUACCAAUCUUACUGUAUGAUGCGACACAGCAAGUGGACUGGUACCAUUUCCGUCGUAAUCUUCGGAAUGGUUGCUGGUUGGCGAUAGCCGGAGUGGUGUUACAGGUGUUCAUAGUGGGCCCAUUGAUGUACUUUUGUUUUCCUGAUAGUCGAGGUAGUUUCUCGGCGUGCUUAAUGGUGGCUGCGGCUGUUGGAGCGACGGACCCGAUCGCAGUACUAAGUGUGUUGAACAGUAUGGAGGCGCCGGAAUCGUUGUCGUCAUUGUUCGACUGUGAGUCUUUGAUCAACGAUGGCACGGCGGUCUUUCUGUUCACCUUCUUCAAGUCGAUUGCGACGCAUAGCGCGGAGGUCAAUUUCCAGAGCGCUACCUCGGAAUUUUUCCGACUACUACUCCUCGGACCCUUGAUCGGUCUUUGUGUAGGCGCACUACUCUACCGCUUCGUGCGACACUUCCGCUUCCACGUCUACGACAUCACAUUGCUCAUCAUCGGCGUCAGCUACCUCGUGUUCUUCGUCGCCGAAGUCUACGCAAAAACUUCUGGACCGCUGGCAAUUGUCGCCUAUGGUCUCUAUUUCAAGUCAUAUGAUCGCGCUGCGUUCGAAUCGGAGACGCACGCGGCACACAAGUCCUUCGUCAAGGGCCUCGGCGUCGCUAUGACUUCCUUCGUCUUCAUCGUCAGCGGCAUCACAUGCAUCCGUAUCUUCUGGGACACUUGCAACGACGACAAAAACCUUAUCAUUCAGGACAUGUAUGCCACUGCCAGCGCCCGACCCGUCUUCUCCACCUCCGCCACCUCACGCCUCUCUUACCUCUGGGAAGUACCACUCUUCUACCUACUCUGCCACAUCGCCAGAACCCUCAUGGUCCUCGUCUUCGCUCCGCUCAUUCGACUAGACCUCGGCUCCUUCACCUGGAAAGAAUGCGUCCUUCUCGUCUGGGGAGGUCUCCGAGGCGGCGUCUGCCUCAUCAUCGCCCUCCUCAUCGAACAAGACGACACCAUCUCCGUCGACACCAGCCGCCGCGCCGCACUCUACCUCGCCUCCUUCACCUGCCUCAACCUACUCAUCAACGGCACCACCUUCGAACUGCUCUACAAAUACCUACAACCCUACGAAGCCAACCCCUUCAAAGCCAUCUACCUACUCAAGGUACUCAAAAUCAUCGACAACGAAUUCGAAGAUGAGGCCAAACUCCUCAGAGACCAUUACUGGCUCUUCCAACCCAACCCAUUUCACAACAACGAUCCGAACGGCCCGAACGGCCCGAACGGCGGCUGCCCGGAUGAUCACCCGCCAGGAGCGGUCCACGUCCUCGAGCUGUCAAAAAAACUAGUUCCCCGACUCGCCGACAUCAAGCUCAGCUCCAACAAUGGCAUUACUCUGCAUACGGUCCCUGUCAAGAAGACUCUGAUGCAGUUCCGAGACGUCGGCGGCGCCGAACACACGUUACCUCGUAGCGGAGACGCAGACGGACGACCCGCAGCCCGCCGAGCCGCAGGCGGCCGAGACAGCUGCGGCUUCAUUGGAGUGGCUAGGCAGUUGUCUGAGCGAGCCUUCGCCAUCCAUGAGCUCCGCGCACCCGAAUCUGGAGGCGCCCAUUCUGUCGAACCUGUCAGACCCGCUACUGGACCGCCGCCGCGAGAACUGCUACCAACCACUCUACUCACUCGCGGCCUACAGCGGCGGCUACACGUACCGUAA